AUGGGCAACAAGCAAACCAUUUUCACUCAAGAGCAACUGGAUGCUUAUCAGGACUGCACAUUCUUUACAAGGAAAGAAAUUCUGAGACUGUUUUACAGAUACCGAGAUCUAGCCCCACAGCUCGUUCCACUCGACUACACAGAUAAACCAGACGUGACGCUUCCCUAUGAACUCAUUGGCAGCAUGCCAGAGCUGAAGGACAAUCCAUUCCGCCAGCGGAUAGCAGAGGUUUUCUCAGAGGAUGGAGACGGCAAUAUGACUUUAGAUGAUUUUUUGGACAUGUUUUCAGCGCUGAGUGAAAUGGCUCCCAAAGACUUGAAAGCUUAUUACGCUUUUAAAAUUUAUGAUUUUAACAAUGAUGAUUACAUAUGCAAAUCAGAUCUAGAGAAAACUGUUAACAAAUUAACCCGAAAUGAACUUACCCCAGAAGAAGUUAGCCUUGUAUGUGAAAAGGUGAUUUACGAAGCUGAUGUGGACAACGAUGGCAAGCUUUCUUUGGAAGACUUUCAGCACAUGAUAAUACGAGCUCCAGAUUUCCUCAGCACAUUUCACAUUCGAAUCUGAAUCUAGUGAAACGUGGAUGGGAAGUGCUUCUUGAACCUUCAACAACUACGACUUCACCCGAGAUUACUGUCCAUGAGAGAGCAAAGUGAGAGGACCAAAGAGGACAAUUUCUGGUAACUGCACCAGUCAGAGAACUCUGUCUCUUGUUUACCCCUUUAAAAGGAACUAAUCAUUAAGUUCUUCAUCAAGAUUUCCCUGUAAUUUAACAAA